AGGUUCCCCCGGCUGCUGCAGGCUUUUAGAUGUCAACAUGUCAGGGAUUACUGGAGAUCAGCUGCAUCGUUCUACCUUGGGCAUAUACUCCAGCUUGACUGAUGAGUUCAACCCAAGUCUGCAGGAACUGGUUUCACUGGGAAAUGGCUAUGCCCAGGCUUUCAGGGCUCUUGUGGUCUGCAGUGAGGCCUACUUCAACGCACUUUCAAAGAUCGGGGAGAAAGCUUUCUACACUGCAUCGUCGCGCUCUCUGGGAGAUGUCCUCAUGCAGAUAUCAGAGAACCAACAGAGACUCACCUUAGAGCUGGAGGGAGUGGUCCGCUGGUUCAGUACGGAUGUUCUCCAGGUGAUGGACAACAAUGUCCAACUGGACCGAAAUUACAUAUCCGACAGCAGGGUGAAAUAUGAGGCUGAGGUUCAUAACCAGGCAGCAGCGUUGGAGAGGCAGAGGAGGAGAGGAGCCAACCAGGAUGGUAGUGAAUACGUGCACUUCCUCAGGGAGAGCCACCGUGAGGCUUUGGAUGAGGAGGAGAGGCGAUAUCGCUUCCUGGCUGAGAAACACUGCGGCCUGAUCCAGUCCAUCGCCCAGCUUAUGAAUAAGAUAGGAGGAACUCUCCAGCCGAAAGCUGACUCCUGGACGGACGCCAUCAGCGCCACCAGACGAGCUGAGGUCAGAAGACCCCCUUCUGUGGAUAACACUUUGGGAAUGCGAGCAGAAGAUCAAAGGCAGAUCCGAGAGGCGCUGUUGCUGGGCAGAAUACCAUCAAGGGCCCCGUCUCCGCAGGGAAGCAUUUCGCUCUCUCGAGGCGGUGGCGGCGGUGUGAUGAUGAGGGCCAGGGUGGCGCACCAGCCCACUGGCUCCAACCCAACCUUACUGCCCUUCUCCAGAGGAGAGAUCGUCAAUGUGCUGGUCCAACAGCCCAAGAACGGCUGGCUGUACGGAUGUGCAGAGGGCAGCCCGAGUCAGGGAUGGUUUCCAGCUUCGUACGUGGAAGAUGUGGAUGAUCCUCCAAAGUCACCAAGCUCCCGGACUUCCACUCUCCAAAGUAGCACCAGUUUGAGCAGCUUGUUUGACCAGCCAAGGAUCAGCAGCAGCAGCAGCAGCAGCAGCAGAGCCCCACCUCCUCCACCUCCACCACCACCGCAGUCUUCAUCUAAACCUGAAAUGGAGCUCUUCCCAAGAGGGGACAAUCCAUUUGCUACAGUCAAACUGAAGCCCACGUCCACCAAUGACAGAUCAGCCCCACGGAUUCACCGGAGAUGACUUACUGACCCUGAAACAAGAGCUUCUUGACCUCAGCUGUAUGCUGGAUGGUUAAUUGUAGCUUGUUAUGUCUCCUAAUUAUUAAGACGAAACUCCUGAGAAAA